GGGGAACUGCGGCGGCUGCGCGGACUAGCGAGGUGCUUUCUGGGGCCGGGGCUGCGCGGCGGCGCGGGGGUCUGCGGGGAGAGCGCGUAGGCCGAGCAGUUCCCAGCGGGGAGGCGCCGUCGCCAUUGCCGCCUCGCUCGGUGAGCGCCGCCCAGCUCGCCGAGCAGGGCCUCCGCGGGCCGCCGGCACCAUGGGCCAGUGUGGCAUCACCUCCUCCAAGACCGUGCUGGUCUUUCUCAACCUCAUCUUCUGGGGGGCAGCAGGCAUUUUAUGCUAUGUGGGAGCCUAUGUCUUCAUCACUUAUGACGACUAUGACCACUUCUUUGAAGAUGUGUACACUCUCAUACCUGCUGUAGUGAUCAUAGCAGUAGGAGCCCUGCUUUUCAUCAUUGGGCUUAUUGGCUGCUGUGCCACAAUCCGGGAAAGUCGUUGUGGACUUGCCACGUUUGUCAUCAUCCUGCUCUUGGUUUUCGUCACAGAAGUAGUUGUAGUGGUUUUGGGAUACGUUUAUAGAGCAAAGGUGGAAAAUGAGGUUGACCGCAGCAUUCAGAAAGUUUAUAAGACCUACAAUGGAACCAACCCUGAUGCUGCUAGCCGGGCUAUUGAUUAUGUGCAGAGACAGUUACACUGUUGUGGAAUUCAUAACUACUCAGACUGGGAAAAUACAGAUUGGUUCAAAGAAACCAAAAACCAGAGUGUCCCUCUUAGCUGCUGCAGAGAGACUGCCAGUAGCUGCAAUGGCAGCCUGGCCAAUCCCUCUGACCUCUAUGCUGAGGGAUGUGAGGCUCUAGUUGUGAAGAAGCUACAGGAAAUCAUGAUGCAUGUUAUCUGGGCAGCACUGGCCUUUGCAGCUAUUCAGCUGCUGGGCAUGCUGUGUGCAUGCAUCGUGUUGUGCAGAAGGAGUAGAGAUCCUGCUUAUGAGCUCCUCAUCACUGGUGGAACCUAUGCUUAGUAGACAACUCAAGCCUGAGCUUUUUAGUCUCGUUGUUCUGAUUUGGAAGGUGAAUUGAGCAGGUCUGCUGCAGUUGGCCUCCUGAGUUCAUCUAGUUAAAGCACACGUACACUGGUGUUGGACAGAGCAGCUUGGCUUUUCAUGUACCUGCCUACUUACCAACCCACCUGUGACUUUUCCCUUGUUCCAGCUGACUCUCCAUGCCCCUAAGUGUUUAAGUUCAGUGGUAAAUGUUCUAAUUUCAGAACCAUUUGCAAGUUGCAUAAUGCAGUAGAAUUAAAGGAGGAUGUAGGCCUGCUUCUGUUGCCUCCAGGCAAUAAUGGGACUGAUGCUCUAGUGUCACCAGGUCCUUUCAAUCUUUAAAGUGGAGAACUAUUGGCCAAAGGUUUUUGGGGGGAGGGGGAGGAAGCCAGCUGUCUGGUUAAAGUUAGCACCAGAUGGUGCCCCUCAUCAGUGUCCUUCAAAAAAACAUAUACUGUAGUCUGAUAAGAUAGCAUCUGUACAAAAUGGCUAAAAUAGAUUUUAGAAUCAUACAGUGUGUUUUUUGUUCAUCUUCAAAAUCAGAGACAGAUCUUUGACACAAGUGGUUUUUAAUCAAAACUGGCUUUAUAGGAGGAGUUUAAUGUAUGCACUACUGUUUUAAAACAAUUAGUAUGAGUGUGUGAGUGUGUUUUUGUGUGAUUGAGCCCAUUCAUCAUAAGUCUUAAACUCGUUAGAGAUAAUGUACCCAUGUAGACUAGCAUAAUAGUAUGUAGACGUGAUCUCAGUUGUAAAUAGAAAAAUCUAAUUCAAUAAACUCUGUAUCAGCCCUCAA